GAAAUCCCCUUCCCGCCAUGGAGAAGGAGUCCCUCUGCCCCCAAAAACUGGAGUGAGUAGAGUAGAAAGAAAUGGAGUUGAGAGUGAGUGGAAAUGCACUGAAGACAUUCGCCCGAUCCAUCACGUGCCUUGCACGCAUUGGCAAUGAGCUCGCCAUUCAAGCCUCUUCUACCCAGCUCACAUUUCACACUCUCAACUCGUCAAGGUCGGCGUAUCAGUCAAUUACAAUUAAACCUGAUUUUUUUGAUUUCUUCACUGUUUCUGGCCCACAGGUGCAAUGUAGUGUGCUCUUGAAGGCCAUUUGUUCUGUACUAAGAACACCAAUUGCCACUAUAGAUCAUUUGUGUGUGUCAUUGCCUAAUCCUGAUGCAUCAAAGAUGCAGUGGACAUUGAACUGCCAUAAUGGUAUGAGGAAAGCUUAUUGGAUAACGUGCAACGUUGAACCUGACAUACAACACCUAUCCCUUGAUAGGAGAAAGCUUCCAAGCAACUUUGUGGCGAGGCCUCGUGAUCUGAAUAGGUUAUUGUCCAAUUUCCAAACAACUCUUCAGGAGAUCACAAUCAUUGCUACCAAUCCAACUUCCUUGCCUCCUGAUGCUGCAACUGAAUUUGGAGGGAAAGCUGUCGAGCUCAGAAGUUAUAUAGACCCAACAAAAGAAAAUGAUUCAUCACUACACACUCAGUUGUGGAUAGAUCCUACUGAAGAGUUUUUGCAGUACAAUCAUAUUGGAAACCCUGUGGAUGUGACGUUUGGAGUGAAGGAAUCGAAGGCUUUCCUUUCUUUCUGUGAAGGAUGUGAAGUUGACAUACAGUUCUAUUUUGAUAAAGCUGGCGAGCCAAUUUUAAUGGCUCCAAUUGGUUUAGACGAUGGCUCCAACUCAACUUUUGAUGCCACCUUGGUACUUGCAACCAUGCUUAUGUCACAGCUCAGCACAGCAAGCUCCUCGGAAAAUCCACAAGUUGCUGGCACUUCCCGUGGGCAGGCUAAUGAUGGAAGACAGGCCCCAGUCCAGGAGAGGUCAAAAGGGAAUUCUGGGCAAUCUGAUCAGACCAGGAUUUGGUCCGAUCUUUCAGGAAGCAGAACAAAAGGUGGUAAUGGUACUGAUCGUGGAGGGGAAAGAAAUGACAAUGAUAAUGAGCAAAGGGAAAUUCAGCGAAUUGGUGCGAUACACAUAUCUGAAGCUGGAGCUGCUGGAAGAAAUAUGUUUGACAUUCAUAAUGACUUCGGUUCUGUGGACGGAAAUCCUCUGGAAGAACCUCAAGAUUUGAAAGCUCAUGCUUCUCAACACCAUCCUAGUAAUUGGGUAGAUGCAGAUGAUGAUGAUGAUGAAGGAGACGAGUCAGAGUUGUGUGUUCAAUCAACACCCCCAUAUCAUUAGGAAUACAGCAACUCUCAAGUUGUUCUAUAAUCGUUUACAAGCAGUUGGUUAUUGAUGACCUCUGUUGUAGUUAUGAUCUAAUGAUCAAUUGGAUGUCGAGACUAUAUAUAGAAGGAAAAUACUAUCUUCACAUAAUCAGGUGUCUUUGUUCCGAUUGAGUGCAUCAUGAGGUAGGGAAUGAGAAAUAUAUCAAAUUGGAGAUUCACACUUUAUUUAGUAUCUAUCAGCCGUGUGAUGCCUAAAGAUGUGGGAGGCUUCCUCAAUUGUUGGCAGGUACAGAAAAUUGAAAGAAGAAAGAGGGGGGCCUAUUACAAGGCCGUGUUGCCUAUUGCUAUGGGAGGAUUGACUCAAAGUGGAGUCACUACAAAAGGAGUGUAGCAUGGGGACUGCUACAUCACAAAAAGGGGUAGCAACGCCUGUGCCUUUGUGAUGUUAUUUGUAGUUGCGAUGUUAUGAUGUAUAUAGAGUCAAUAUCUCAAAAGAUUAUAUUAUCUUUUUAUUUAAUUAUUACGAAAUAUAUCAAGUAAGGCAGUUGUAUGGUUUCAAGAAUUAUACAUUCAAAAUAACGUACUAUAUCUUUUGGUAAAGAAAGAAGAACUCAAAAUUAUCACAGACUGGCGUUGAGUAAGGAAAAAUCUUUCACAUUUCUUGUCAAAAUUGACAUAAAAAUGGAGGAGAUCAACUUGGAAGAUGUUUGAUACAAGUCGAGUUGCCUCAAAGAUGUUGUCAUGGGCCGUCCCGAGAAGUCCAAGAGUGGAUGAUAGCAUGGGAGGACGGAUUGGAGAUGGAUGCACAUUGAAGGGGGCCAAACGAGCAAGGAAGGCUAUGUCUGCAAGAGGCCACAUUCGCAAAUUCAAGAUUUUCAUCUCCACAAGACUAGCCAAACAAGGCCCUUGCCUCAUUAAUGACAUUCAUGUAAUAAUAGGAUCUUCUAUUAUUUAGUUAGUAUAAAUAGCUAGUCUUUUAUUUCAUUAGGGAGCUUUUUGAUAAAUUGAUGAAAAUGUUAGUAUGUUUGUGUUGUCUCUAGAGAGAGAAACAAUUGUGAGAGUCUUAUGGAUUUAAGCUCUUGUUGAUUUGA